UUUUUUUUUUUUUUUUUUUUUCAACAGCUAAAAGGUCAAAGCUACGACCAACGUACCUUACCUAUUUAGGUUAUUGCGUUCAUUGAUACACCAACACGUAUGCGACUCCACAAGUCUUGAUGGCUUCAAAUCCACACCACAGAACCGUGCUAUAGGCAACGAAAAGCGCUUCAAAAGUUCCCCUGCUUUCUUUGUUCAUCUUUUCAAAAACUGCCAUGCGCUCUCUCUCACGCCAACUGAGGGGGCGGCGGAUCGUUCGCGCCCUUGCCUUCAUCUUCCUGGUGUGGAGCGUCGUCGAGGUGCACUAUAUCAGCCGCAGCCUGCAGCAGGGCGUCCUGAUGACGACGGGCCCUCCACUUCCCGACUCCCCCUCGGAGCUCGAGUCCAAAGAGGAUCACGAGAGAAACGUGCGGGCUGUCAGGGAGCGCCGGUGGGAGGACUCGAUCAGCUCGCUGCAGCAGUCCCUGAGCCUGAAGCGCCGGCCGCGCAUCUACAUCGCCAGCCUGCACUGGAACAAUGAGAAGAUCCUGCGCAGCCACUGGAAUGCCGCCCUGCUGGACCUGGUGCGCGCCCUGGGCCCCGAAAACGUCUUCGUGGCCGUCCACGAGGGUGGCAGCUGGGAUGGGUCCGCCGCGGCCCUGCGCGAGCUUGACGCCCAGCUCAGCAGUCUUGGCGUCGCACGGGAUAUCGUCCUCGACAGCAGGACUCACAAGCAGGAGGUCGAGAACGUGCCGCCCGGGGGGACGCCAGGCUGGAUUGAGACGCCGCGAGGAAGGCGCGAGCUGCGGCGCAUACCUUACCUCGCUCGCCUGCGCAACAAAUCUAUCGCUCGGCUGCGGGAGAUGGCCGAGGCCAAUGACUGGGGCAAAGGUCGGAACGAAACGCUUGCGUUUGACAGGGUGCUGUUUCUAAAUGACGUCGUCUUCUCCGUCGACGACGUGCUAGCUCUAUUAUUGACAAAGGAGGGUCACUACGCCGCCGCCUGCUCCAUCGACUUUGCAAAACCGCCCGAGUACUACGACACCUUUGCACUCAGGGACAUUGAGGGGCAUGAACACGCCACGCACACCUGGGCCUUUUUUCGCUCUUCAAAGUCCCGACAGGCCCUGAAGAUGAGUAUUCCGGUUCCCGUCAAGAGCUGUUGGAACGGCAUCGUCGCGAUGCCCGCCAGCGUCUUCACAGCCAGGGAGUCGCCGCUCCUCUUCCGCGGCAUACCGGACAGCCUGGCGCUGCGGCACCUCGAGGGGUCCGAGUGCUGCCUGAUCCACGCCGACAACCCACUGUCCGCCACGCGCGGAGUGUGGCUCAACCCCAACGUCCGUGUCGGCUACAGCGGCGACGCCUACGACGCCGUUCACCCUUCCGAUGGCCACGCCUGGCUGUCCUGGUGGGAUAUUUGGGCCGGCCUGUGGAGGAAUCGGCUGAGGAGGAUGACCGCCACCCCGGCGGUCAAGGAGUGGAAGGUCAGGAGGUUGGUCCAGCAGUGGAGGUCGUCGGGAGACGACGGUAUGAGGAACGACGUGGCGGGCGAUGGGGAAGACGAAACGGGCCUUUUCUGUCUGAUUAACGAAAUGCAGGUGCUUGCCGAGAAUGGGUGGGCCCACGUGUAAUACUAAAUUCUUUACCACCUCAUAUAAUUAAUCACACUUGAAGCAAAAGAUCACGCGCGCACAGUUCC